AGUUUUAUCUGCCUGGAUAUAUUAUAUCUGGUUCGAGUCCAUAGUUUGUAAACAAUUGGGCAAAAUGAACGUUCAAAUGGCUAAGAAACCCACACCAAAUGCUAGAAAAAUGUACGAUACCCAAGGAAGACAAUCUAAUACAGACAAGGCUAAGGAGAUAGCCCAACCAAAACAGAGGAAAAGGACAGACCAAAAACGAAAGAGGUUAGGGAGUGAUAGUCCAACUAAAACAGAGGAAAAGGAAAAACCUAAAACGGACUACACUUGCGAAAAAGUCCAGCCAAAGCGAAGGAAAAAGACGCACCGAAAACGGACACGGCCAGGGGAUGAUAAUCCAACUAUCAUAACCUUCGAUUUAGAAACUACAGGAUUGAUUGAAAAUGGAGACAAUAUGCCACACAUAACACAAAUAGCGGCCAUGGAAAAAUUGAGCGGUUCAAGGUUUUGCAAGUAUGUAAAACCGAAAAAGCGUUUAACAAAUGAUGCCGAGAGAAUAACUGGCAUUGUUAUGACAAAUGCCAAUACAAUGUUAGUAAAAGGUAAAAAGGUGGAAGCAGUCGGUAUCAGAGUAGCCAUUGGUGAACUAUGUGAAUGGUUGGAACAGUUUCCUAAUGUCUCUUUGGUAGCCCAUAACGGUCGAUGGUUUGAUUUUCGUGUUGUGAAAUCGGCCAUCGAGAGUAUUGGUAUGAAGGACAGACUCUAUAAAUGUGUUUGUACAUUGGUAGAUUCCCUUCCAAUUUUCCAAAAGAUGUAUCCGGGACAGUCGCAUAAGCAAGCUAACCUUGUACAUUCCUUGCUUGGAACUAGGUAUAAUGAGCACGAUGCCACUGCUGAUGUAGAUGCGCUAAGCAAGCUCAUUAGUUUUGUCGAUCUAUAUCGGAAAGAAAUCCUGAAAUACAGUUUUGAUUUUUCGGAUAUUUAAACAAUGGUCUGUUAUAAAAGCCAAAAGGUCUUUGGUCAUCAUUAUAAGUAUUUUAUAACAUUUGUUGCGAAUUAAAUCGUAGUGUGAGACUGUGCAUUUGUAGCCGUUGUUGAUGCACGCUUUUAGGUGUGUGGUUUUUUUAUAUCAAAUUUGCUUUAUAUUUGUGAGGUAGUAGAGCCUUUUUUAUAUUCUGUACCGAUAUUGUGAUAAUGUGUAUGUUAUUAGAGCCAAUAUAUAUUGUAAACCUAUAGUUUGAUAAUGUGUGUACGUACUAUUGGAGCCAUUAUGUUUUGUAUGUAUAAAACUUGAUUAUGUGUGUUAGUACUAUUGGAGCCAUUAUGCUUUGUAUGUCUAAAGCUUGAUAAUGUGUGUAAGUACUAUUGGAACUAUUAUGAUUUGUAUGUCUAAAGCUUGAUUAUGUGUGUUAGUACUAUUGGAACCAUUAUGUUUUGUAUGUCUAAAGCAUGAUAAUGUGUGUUAGUGCUAUUGGAACCAUUAUGUUUUGUAUGUCUAAAGCUUGAUAAUGUGUGUUAGUACUAUUGGAGCCAUUAUGUUUUGUAUGCCUAAAGCUUGAUUAUGUGUGUUAGUACUAUUGGAACCAUUAUGUUUUGUAUGUCUAAAGCUUGAUAAUGUGUGUAAGUACUAUUGGAACCAUUAUGUUUUGUAUGUCUAAAGCUUGAUUAUGUGUGUUAGUACUAUUGAAGCCAUUAUGUUUUGUAUGUCUAAAGCUUGAUUAUAUGUGUUAGCACUAUUCGAGCCAUUAUAUAUUCAAGACCUGUAUUUUUAUAAUGCAUAUUAGUGCUAUUGGAGCUUUUUUAUAAAUAAACCUAGA